CGUGACCCGGGAGGCUCCCCGGGUGGCGCUUCCGGCCCAGCCCGCUCCGCCGGCGGCUCCGGGGAAUCCCGGGAAUCUUGGGGGGCCCGGGGCUCCUGGGGCUCCCCCGGCGGCCUCACCCUCCCUGAAUCAGUCCUGAGGGUCUCCCCGCGCCGCCCCCCCGCUCCCCUCUGGAACAGCCCCGACAGCGCCGGUGCGGCCCUGAGGGAGAAGGGGGGCCCUGCGCGGGUCCUCGGUCCUCAAGGAGCCGCCGCCACCGCGGGUGGCACCGCACAGACCCUCCCCGCCUUUCCCAGCCCGGUGUUCCCGAGGCUCCCCCCUCCAUUUUCCCUGCGAGUUUCCCCCGCCUUCCCCUCCAGCAUGGAGUUCGCCGAGCUGAUCAAGACGCCCCGAGCGGAUAACGUGGUGCUGCACUGCCCCUUCCACCUGCCCGUGGAGGGCACGCUGUGCCUGACCGGCCACCACCUCAUCUUCUCGUCACGGCGGCAGGACAACGCCGAGGAGCUGUGGCUGCUGCACUCCAACAUCGAUUCCAUCGAGAAAAGGUUCGUGGGCUCCUUGGGCACCAUUGUCAUAAAAUGCAAAGACCUGAGGAUUAUCCAGCUGGACAUCCCAGGGAUGGAGGAAUGUCUGAACAUUGCCAGCUCCAUUGAGGCACUUUCCACCCUGGAUUCAGUCACCCUCAUGUAUCCCUUCUUCUACCGGCCCAUGUUUGAGGUCCUGCAGGAUGGCUGGUCCUCCUUUCUGCUGGAACAAGAGUUUGAGCUCCUCAGCUCAGUGACCAACGAAUGGAGGCUGAGCUGUGUGAACAAGGAAUUCUCUGUGUGUCCCUCCUACCCUGCAGUUGUCAUUGUCCCCAAAUGCAUCGAUGACGACGCGCUCCGCAAAGUCGCGCUGUUCCGCCACGGCGGCCGCUUCCCGGUGCUCAGCUACUACCACAAGAAAAAUGGCAUGGCCAUGCUGAGGAGCAGCCAGCCCCUGACAGGCACCAACGGGCGGCGCUGCAAGGAGGACGAGAAGCUGAUCAACGCCACGCUGCGCUCCGGCCGCCGCGGCUUCGUCAUCGACACGCGGCCUCUGGCUGUCGCCCAGCAGGCCAGGGCCAAGGGAGGGGGCUUUGAACAAGAAGUGCACUACCCCCAGUGGAGGAGGAUUCACAAAUAUAUUGAGAGGUUUAAUAUCCUGCAGGAGAGCUUCAUCAAGCUGGUGGAGGCUUGCAAUGACCAGUCACACAACAUGGACCGCUGGCUCAGUAAACUGGAAGCUUCCAACUGGCUCACUCACAUCAAGGAGCUGCUGACUGCAGCUUGUCUGGCUGCUCAGUGCAUUGACAGGGAAAGUGCUUCAGUGUUAGUCCAUGGCAGUGAAGGAACUGACUCCACACUCCAGGUCACCUCCCUGGCACAGAUCAUCCUGGAUCCAAGGUGCAGGACCAUCCAUGGCUUCCAGGCUCUCAUAGUGAGGGAGUGGCUGCAGGCUGGCCACCCUUUCCAGCAGCGUUGUGCCCAGUCAGCCUAUUCCAACAGCAAGCAGAAGUGGGAGGCCCCAGUGUUCCUGCUCUUUCUGGAGUGUGUGUGGCAGAUCCACAGGCAGUUCCCCUGCUCCUUCGAGUUCAACGAGCAGUUCCUCAUCACGCUCUUCGAACACGCCUACGCCUCCCAGUUUGGGACUUUCCUGGGAAACAAUGAGAAUGAAAGGGCUAAACUGAAGCUGCCUCAGAAGACCAUGUCCCUCUGGUCCUGGGUGAACAGGCCUGAAGAGCUGAGCAGGUUCCAGAACCCUCUUUAUGAGGCCAACAGCCUUGUCAUCUGGCCCUCUGUGGCCCCACAGAGCCUGCAGCUCUGGGAAGGUGUGUUCCUUCGAUGGAACAGGCCUUCCAAAUUCCUGGAGGAGGCUGAAGCAGAAAGGAUCAAGAUUAUCAAGUACAACAAGGAGCUGCAGGCCAAGGUGAACGUGCUGAGGAGGCAGCUGGCAGAGCUGGAGGCGGAUGGGGAGGUGCAGGAGCCCUGAGCUGGGCUUUGCUUUGCCCUUGACAUGGAGGAAGAAAAGUGGAAAGUGCAUGUUCUGCUGAGCCCUUGGGUACAGCUGACCCUCCCACUGCUGAGCCCUUCACUCCAUGAACCUCCCUGCUUUUUGGGGAGGGGGUUUUUGUUUUGUUUACAGAAGACACAGCUGGGCACAAUGUCCCCUCUUGGCAGCUUUUCUGUCUCAGAAUUGGGAGCUGGAACUCUUUACCUCCAAUUGUGUGGAUGACCAGGAUGGGCCAAGAGACAGGAUGUCUCCAAUUUAUUUUGGACUUUUUCUGCUUUUGUUGAACACUCACAGAGUUCUAUAUAGCUAGGUAAAGGCAUUUUGUCUGGAAGCACCUUUUCUCUCCAAGAGUAGGUAAGGCAGCUUAGUUCUUUAAUUUCCUAGGAAAUCUAGAAAUUGUUAAAAUCAAAUUACAGGUUCUGCCUGUCUACACAGUACUCUCAGUAGCCUUCACAUCUCACAUUUGGGGUUUUGUGUUCAGCAUUGGCUUGGGAGCAGGAAGUUAAAUACCAAACCAGAGCAAGACAUUUCAGUGCAAUAGAGAAUUGAAAGAGGGAUUCUGCUGCUAAUGUUUAAGCCAUGACCUUCACAUGGGAUUGUCCCUCAUGGACAAGGAUCUCCUAAAGGAGGAACAAACUUUUUAAAAUUCUACCUGGAAAACAAAAAGGUUUAGCAGUUGCUGGGGGUGUUCAUUGUAGAGUUGUCCUUUAAACCAGAGCCAAGCUGCCUUCCUGGAAAUUCCAACCCCCCUGGCUGGGUUUGGACACCUGGCCAGGUUCACAGCAUUGCCAGGGUGCAAGAGCAGCACUUCAUUUACAGCUCACCAAAACACUUCUGUGGCACCUGAUGUGCUUUUCCUAUUUGUGCUCUUAUGCCCAUCUUGUGAAACCUCAAAAGCAGAAGCUGGAAGUUCAGGUGACCUCACAGAUCUGCUGCAGAUGAAGGAGCCAUCACACUACAGAAAAAUAUUAAGAGUUUAGAUGAUUUGUAGCUGCUAAAACUGCUUAAAUACUUUAGGGAUAAGCUUCAGUCCCAUUUAACUUUGUGUUUUGUAGCUGCUCUUUCAGUUUCUCUGCUUUUUAUAAAAUCAGAGUUCUCUCUUGUGAUUUUCUUUUUUUUUUCUCUUUUAAAAGACAGGUGGGGUAGGUCUGAAAUACUCCCUGAGGCAGUUUUUCAGCUUGAUUCUUUGGGUAGCUCCACAGGACUGGGAAAAGUUGAUUUAACAGCAGCACAUGUGGCUGGGAUUAUCCAGAAAAGAGCUUCCUGUUAGCCUGGUUCUGCUGGAAUCAACAGAGCUGCAGUAGGUCAGUGGUGGGAUCCCUUUGGAAACUGCUGAGCUUCCAAGUUUAUGCAAUGAAGCUGCCUGUGUUUAAAAGCCACUUCACAUAGCUGUGUGUGAAAAUGCAGGAUGUGUAGUGUAGAAGUAGCUGGGCAGGAACCUGCACAAAUCAUGUAGCCACUAAACAGAAUCUAAGAAUUUUAUAACCAAGGAAAUGACAUAAAAUCAUGUGCUAGUGCUCAAGUGCUACCUGAAUGCCUUUUGUUCAGUCCUUAUUUCCUUAAUUAUUUCCUUCUUGCCUAAGCUAAACUUAGCCCUGAAGUCCUCUGGCUUAAAAAAUAACACAAUCCCUUUUAAAGCAUUGCUCACUUAAGGCAGAAGAGAUUCCCCUGCUUGCACUGCCAGUUUUUUGUAGGUUUGGAGCCUUGUUCCCUAUAUCCAGGCAAUGCUUUCAGGGUGCCUGGGGAUCUGUUCUGUGUGACAGGGGAGGCAGGAUGGGGCUGGUCCCUCCUCCAGACCCAGAGACUCUUCUCAUAUAAACCCUUAAAGUGAUUGUUCACCCUCUGCAAUGAUGUCUGGGUGGUGUUUCCCCACCCCAUUCACAAUUCCUCCAUCUGAAAUCCAUCAUCUCCAGCCAGAUGGGAAGGAUUCAGAAGGCACUAUUUUCCCUGUAACACACUACACAUAAAACACUCCUAAAGGUUAUGCAAUUCCCUAACACAGUAAUUACACAUUGAGCUAAAUAAUAGAGAAGCAGAGAGGGAUUUUUUUGGAUCUAAUUGCCUGGCUGCUCCAGCCUCUCCUGCAAACUGCAGGCAUCUGAGGAAAUUGGGAAACCAGCUGUGCCAGCCAACAAAAGGCAGCACAUUCCCUCUGAGCUGGCAUCAAUUCAGCCUCCACUUCUGUUGAAUCCACACCCAGCUGCUUGGGAGUGUGGAUGUGGGAAUGUGUGGCAGUGCUGGUGUCCUGAACAGCCCCUGCAGUUUAUUCCACAGCUCCUGGGCCAUGCAGCACCUUGUCCCUCUGUGGCACAGCUGGCAGAAGCUGGGUGAGGACAGGAUCUGUGGUGCUGGAGGUUCUCAGGACAGGACACUUCCCACAUUCCCUCUGAGCUUUCCCAGUGCCAGGCUCCAGGUUCAUCCCCAUCCUUUGCUUUGCAGUCACACAUUUGGUAUCACUGAUGGGUUUGCUCCCUCAGAGGGGGAUCCCUGCCCUGUGCCAGCACAUUUGCAGAUUCCCUGUGUCUUCCUGAGCUGGGGCAGUGCCCAGCUCUGGCUGCUCCCUGUGCCACUGCCUUACACCCUCACUGCCACCCCACUCCUGCUCUUUUGCACACACUCUGUGUAACAAGCUGAAAACCCCAUCUCCAAAAUUUGGGGGGGCAAUCCACGAGGACACUCUGCCAUUUACCAAAAAAAAAAAAAAAGAAGGGAAAAGGAGCUAACUUGCACAGUUUUCUUAAGGGAAAUAUGAAAAUAUGUACCUUCAAUAUUUUGAUUGUAUGGAUGAACUCUUGAAUGUGGCGCUGGUUUUGCCGUGCACUGUUGUCCCUGUUGCAUAGGAUCUCAUUUCAAAUUGCACUGUGCAGCAUUUCUGGUGUCUCCUGUGUGCUUUGCUGAAGCCUUGGGCAGUGGGAGGUUUCUCCCAGCACUGCCUGUACAAGUGAUGGGUGCACAGCUGGCCCAACAUCUGGAACUGCUCUUUGGACUUGGCUGCUGCAUCACUCUUCAUUUGUUUUAUUUUUUAUUUUUUUCUUCCUGUACAAUUUGAAAUGCCAGGGCUGGGAGUUGUGUGCUGGUGUUAGGUGUUGGCUGUCUGUGUGCAGAACCCCAGCUGCUGCUGUGUGGAAUUUCUUGCAGCAACAACAAAAAAAGUAACAAAUCUGAGGAAAAGGAAGAUGAUGGCUCAAGGUUCAGCCAUUUGGGGGGAACAAAACAGAUACAAAGUGGCUGUAAACUUUGCUGUAGAUACGUUUGAGAGCAUUGUAGAUGUGUCUGUUUAAAUUAAAACCAUGAAGACUAAAAACUUCUUUAAUUACA